AUGAUCUUCACCAAUGUCCGGUCGGGGGCGGGGCCGUUCACGGACGAAGAGGAGCUCCACGAUUAUCUCUUAAGCCCUGCCUCUGAACACGGCUUCAAUUCGACUACAGAAUACAUUCAGGCUUUGGCGCAAGCAAAUGAAAUCCGCAAAUACUCUCACCGGAUUACUUUCACCCAUGGUGACUACAAGGCCCAUAAUAUUCUCGUCGGAGAUGAUGGUCAUCUAUCGGGUUUUCUUGAUUGGGAGUCUGCUGGCUGGUAUCCUGAAUACUGGGAUUUCACUACUGCAAUGAGAUAUGGAAAGAGCAGCUGGUGGUCUCAGGUAGCAUUGUGGAUUGGACCACGUUCUGAGGCAAGCAGUUAA